GGUGGGCUCGGCCCCGGGGAGAGCGGGGCAGCUUCCAGCCUGGUGUGCGACGUUGCAGCGCUGCGCAGGCAUCGGAUUAUUCACUUACAUUUUUCUUUUUGGUGUUUUGGGAAGAUUUUUGAGGUCCACCUGGCACGUGACGUGAAAUCGGUGUCAGGUGUGCUCGCUGACGUCCGUCACCACUCCUAGCUGCACGUUUUUCCCCUUGUGAGGAGGACUUUUAGGAUCUGCUUUUAAGAUUUCUUGGCAACUUUCAGAGAUGAAAUACAGUACUAUGCUGCAGUCACUGUGCUUACCACCCUGCAUACGCCGCCAGCAGGACUUCUUUUGGAAGUUGGCACCUUUGGACCACUUCACACAUUUCACUCAGCACUCCGCCCGCCCUUCUCUGGCAACCGCUACUAUGUUUUCUGUAACGAUUCAGGACUUUUUCUUUUUUUAGAUGCCACCUAUUAGUGAGACCAUCUGGUACUUAUACCUUCCUCCAUCUGACUUAUUUCGUUUAGUCUAAUGCUGUUAAGGUCCAUCUAUGUUGUUGGAAAUGGCAGAACUUUUGCAUUUUUUUUGGCUGAGUAAAUAUUCCGUUGUGUAUAUGUACCGCGGUUUUUUUAAACAUUCAUUCGUUGAUGGACGCUUUGGUUGUUUCUAUACUUUGGUUAUUGUAAAUAAUGCUGCAGUGAGUAUACGGGUGCACAUACCUUUUUGAGUUAGUGUUUUCAUUUCCUUAGGAUAAACACCCAGUGGUGGAAUUGCUGGAUCAUAUAGUAUUCUAUGUUUAAUUUUUUGAGGAACUUGUGUACUGUUUUCAUAGUGGCUUUACCAGUUUACAUUCCCACCCACAGUGCACAAGGGUUCCCUUUUCUCCACAUCCUCACUGACACUUGUUAUUACUUGUCUUUUUGAUGGUGGCCAUUCUGACAGGUGAGAGGUGAUGUCUCACUGUGGUGUUGACGUGCGUUUCCCUGAUGAUUAGUGAGACUGAGCCCUUUCCAUGCACCUGUUGGUUAUCUGUGUGCCUUCUUUGGAAAAAGGUCUCUUCCGAUUCUCUGCUCAUUUUUAAAAUCAGAUUACUUGUGUUUUUGUUGUGAGUUGUAUGAGUUAUUUACAUAUUUUGAUUAUUAACCCCUUAUAUACAUGAUUGGCAAAUGUUUUUUGUUAUUUAGUAGGUUGCCUUUUCAUUUUGUUGCUAGUUUCCUUUGCUGUGCAGAAGCUUUUUAAUUUGACGUAGGCCCAUUUGUUUAUUUUUGCUUUUGUUGCCUUUGCUUUUUGUGUCAAUCCAGAAAAUCAUCUCCAAGACAGAUGUCAAGGAGCUUAUGUAUGUUUUCUUCGAGGAAGGAGUUUUAUACUUUCAGGUCUUUCAAGUCUUUGAUCCAUCUGAGUUUAUUUUGAGUAUGGUAUAAGAUGGUGGUCUAGUUUCAUUCUUUUGCAUAUGGCUGUCCAGUUUUUCCAACACUGUUUAUUGAAAAGAAUGUCCUUUCCUCAUUGUAUGUUCUUGGCUUGUUGUAACUAAUUGGCUGUAAUGCAUGAAUUUAUUUCUGGGCUCUCUAUUCUGUUUCAUUAGUCUCUCUGUUUGUUUUGAUGCCAGUACCAUACUGUUUUGAUUACUGUAGCUUUGUGGUAGUUUGAUAUCAGGAAGCAUGAUGCCUCCAGCUUUGUUCUUCUUUCUCAGGAUUGCUUUGGCUAUUCAGGGUCUUUUUUGGUUCCAUGUAAAUUUUGAGAUUGUUUUAUUUUUGUGAAAAGUACCACUGGGAUUUUGAUAGGGGUUGCUUUGAAUUUGUAGAUGGCUUUGGGGAGUGUAAACAUUUUAACAAUAUUAAUUCUUCCAAGCCAUGAGCAUGGACUAUCUUUCUAUUUAUUUGCAUUUUCAAUUUUUUUCAUCAGUGUCUCAUAGUUGUCAGUGUAUAGGUCUUUCACCUCCUUGGUUAAAUUUUUUUUUUUUUUUUAAUAUUUAUUUACUUGGCUGUGUCGGGCCUUAGUUGUAGCAUAGGGGAUCUUUUGUUGCCGUACGGGGUCUCUUCCGCGUGAGGGCUUUAGUUGUCCUGCGGAAUGUGGGAUCUUAGUUCCCUGAUCAGGGUUCGAAUCCGCAUCCCCUGCAUUGGAAGGCUGACUCUUAACCACUGGACCAUCAGGGAAGUCACUCCUUGGUUAAAUUUAUUCCUAAGGAUUUUAUUCUUUUUGAUACAAUUGUAAAUCUGAUUGUUUUCUUAGUUUCUAAUAGUUUGUUAGUAAUAUUUAGAAGUCAACUAAUAUUUGUAUAUUGAUUUUGUAUUCUGCAACUUUACUGAACUUAUUUAUUCUAACAGUUUUUUUGGUGGAAUCUUACAGAGUUUUCUAUAUGUAAUGUCAUGUGCAAAUAGACAUUAUUUUACUUCUUUCUUUAUGAUUUGGGUGGUUUUUAUUUUUCUUGCCUAAUUGCUCUGGCCAGGACUUCCAGCACUAUGGUGAAUAAAAAUGGUGAGAGUAGGCAUCCUUACUUUGUUCCUGGACUUAGAGAAAAGCUUUUAUUUUAUUUUAUUUUAUUUAUUUUAUUUUAUUUUAUUAUUUUAUUUUAAUUUAAUUUUAUUUUAUUUUUUGGCUGCAUUGGGUCUUCAUUGCUGUGUCCCGGCUUUCUCUAGUUGUGGUGAGUGGGCGUCCCAGUGUGGUGCUUUCUUUUUUUGAAGAGCAUGGGCUCUAGGCACACAGGCUUCAGUAGUUGUGGCGCAUGGGCUCAGUAGUUGUGGCCUGUGGGCUCUAGAGCACAGGCUUAAUAGUUGUGGUGCACAGGCUUAGUUGCUCUGCUGCAUGUGGGAUCUUCCUGGACCAGGUCUCGAACCUGCUUCCCCUGCAUUGGCAGGUGGAUUCUUUUUUUUUUUUUUUUAAUUGAUUGGUUUAUUUUAUUUUUGGCUGUGUUGGGUCUUUGUUGCUGCAUGGGCUUUCUCUACUUGUCGCGAGCAGGGUUGCUCUUCCUUCUGGUACUUGGGCUUCUCAGUGAGGUGGCUUCUCUUGUUGUGGAGCAUGGGCUGUAGGUACAUGGGCUUCAGUAGUUGUGGCACUUGGGUCCGAGAGCAUGCAGGCUUCAGUAGUUAUGGUGCAUGGGCUCAGUAGUUGUGGCACACGGGCUUAGUUGCUCCGUGGCACGUGGGAUCUUCCUGGAGCAGGGACUGAACCCUUGUCCCCUGCAUUGGCAAGCGGAUUCUUAACCACUGCGCCACCAGGGAAGCCCCGAGGAAAGCUGUUAGCUCUUCAUCAUUGAGUAUGAUGUUAGCUCUCAGCUCGUCACAUAUGGCACUCUCUCUCUCUCUUUUUUUUAAAUUUAUUUAUUUAUUUCUUGGCUGCAUUGGGUCUUCAUUGCUGUGCGUGGGCUUUCUCUAGUUGUGGUGAGUGGGGGCUGCUCUUUGUUGCAGUGCGCAGGCUUCUCAUUGUGGUGGCUUCUCUUGUUGUGGAGCACGGGCUCUAGGCGUGCGGACUUCAGUAGUUGUGUUGUGCAGGCUCAGUAGUUGUGGCUCGCAGGCUCUAGAGCACAGGCUCAGUAGUUGUGGUGCACGGGCUUAGUUGCCCCACAGCAUGUGGGAUCUUUCCCGACCAGGGCUUGAACCAUUGGCAGGUGAAUUCUUAAUCACUGCACCACCAGGGAAGUCCCCAUAUAUGGGUCUUGUUAUGUUGUGAUACUUUCUACCUGUACACAAUUUAUUAAGGUUUUUAUCACGAAUGGAUAUUGAAUUUUGUCACAUAAUUUUUGUGCCUCUGUUGCGAUGAUUAUAUGCUUUUUAGUUUUUGUUUUGUUAAUGUGAGCAGAUGCAUUGCUUUGGGAAGGCUGACAGCCUUGCAUCCCUGCAAUACAUCCAACUGACCCUCGUGCAUCAUCUUUUUAAUUAAUUGUUGAAUUCAGUUUGCUGUUAUUUUGUUACAGAUUUUUACAUCUACAUUCAUUAGGAAUAUUGGCCUGUAAUCUUUUUUCUUCUUAUGUCCUUGUCUGGCUUUAGCAUCAGAGUAGUACUCGCCUUGUUUUGGGGGCAUUUAGAAUUCUUUGAAAGGUUUUCUAGCCCAGAAGUCCCUCCACUGGCCUUUCUCCCCACAGCUUGCGUAUGCUUCUGGGAGCCCAGAGUCAGAACCCUGCCUCAGGCCCAGACCUGGGCGUGUGUUUAAGGGGCAGGAGCUGGGAGGCUGGCGGAGUGUGGCCUCCCCUCCCCUGGGAGCUGUGUGACGUGCUGACCUCAUGCUUCCUGUGCUUGCCAGGAACAGCCCGGGCUCUGGCCAUGGGGCACUGUCGCCUCUGCCACGGGAAGUUCUCCUCCCGGAGUCUCCGCAGCAUCUCUGGCAGGGCGCCUGGGGAGAGCUCAGAGGGGCCGCCCCCUGGGGACCGUGUUUUUGUCCAGGACUUCCAGAGUCUCCUGGGGGUGGCCGUCCAUGAGGACCCGGCUCUGUCCCAGUUCGUCUGCAAGAACUGCCACUCCCAGUUCUACCAGUGCCGUGGCCUCCUCACGUCUUUCCUGCAGCGAGUCAAUGUCCCCCCGAUGGGCCGCCGGAAGCCUUGUGCGAAGGUCGGUGUCCAGCCGCGGACGGGGGCGGAGGAGGGCGCGUGUGUGGUGGACCUGAUCGCUUCGAGCCCCCAGGGCCUGCGCGGCUUGGUGGGGUGGGUGCAUGGACACGCAGCCGGCUGCGGCGCCCUGCCCAGCCUCCAGAGGACCCUGUCCUCCGAGUACUGUGGCAUCAUCCGGGCCGUGUGGAGCUGCGGCCAGGGCCACGACUACACCAUGGACGCCGACUCCAGCUGCGGGGCCCUCUUGCUGGACAGCGCUUUGGGCGUCACGUGGGCGUGGGACAAGGAAUCCGCCCCGCGGCUCCCCCAGCACCGGGGGUCCAGCCCCACCGAGGCCGCCCCUCAGAGCUCCCAGGGCAGAGCGACCGCGGCCGGGGCCGAGACCGAGACGCUGCCCAGCACGGACACAGCCCGGCCUCCUUCAGAGGGUGACCCAGUGGGGCCUGGGCUGGGCGCCCCGCCUCAGCCAAGCACCCCCCACAGUGGGGCCCCAGGGCAGUUGGGUGAGAAGCAGGUUCCAUCUCCAACCUCGGAUGAUCGGGUAAAAGACGAGUUCAGUGACCUUUCUGAGGGAGACUUCCUGAGUGAAGAUGAAAAUGACAAGAAGCAGAAUGCCCCGUCCUCGGACGAGUCCUUUGAGCCCUACCCAGGAAAGAACACCCCAGACACCCCCUUAGCAGAUGCCCAGCGUGGGUCUCUGACGUGGAACCCAGUCCCAGGGGCACCACACCACCGGCCAGGAAAGGGCACAACCACACAGGGGCAGGCUGGACCUCCUCUUCUCCUUAAAGUCCCGAUGGUCUCUGGUAAGAAGAGUGAAAGCAAAGAAGCCAAGAAGUCAGAAGAACCAAAAAUUCGAAAGAAACCUGGGCCCAAGCCGGGCUGGAAGGGCAAGCCGCGCUGUGAGAGGGAGGAGCUGCCCACCAUCUACAAGUGUCCUCACCAGGGCUGCACAGCCGUGUACCGUGGGGCCGACGGCAUGAAGAAGCACGUCAAGGAGCACCACGAGGAGGUGCGGGAGAGGCCCUGCCCGCACCCUGGCUGCAACAAGGUGUUCAUGAUCGACCGCUACCUGCAGCGCCACGUCAAGCUCAUCCACACAGAGGUGCGGAACUACAUCUGCGAUGAGUGUGGACAGACCUUCAAGCAGCGGAAGCACCUCCUGGUCCACCAGAUGCGCCACUCGGGAGCGAAGCCGCUGCAGUGCGAAGUCUGCGGGUUCCAGUGCCGGCAGCGGGCGUCCCUGAAGUACCACAUGACGAAGCACAAGGCCGAGACGGAGCUGGACUUCGCGUGCGAGCAGUGCGGCCGGCGGUUUGAGAAGGCGCACAACCUCAACGUGCACAUGUCCAUGGUGCACCCCCUGACGCAGACCCUGGACAAGGCCGCGGAGCCCCCGCCUGGGCCUGCGGGGGGACAGGCUGUGAAGGCCGAGCCCACCUGAGGGCACGCCGGCCCCUGAGCUCAGUGGGCGGUGACGGGGGUUCAGGCCUGGCAGCGCGUCGUGGCGCCCCAGCGAGCCCUGCCCCGCGUGCUGGGUGGCAGGGGCUCAGCACGCGGCUCACGGGGCCUUGUGGCCUCUGCUCUGGGGCCACCAGUUUCUUCUCCUGUAAACACUGAGCUACUUGGGGCCAGACGCGGAUGUUAGCGAACUGAUUCCUCUUCCCCACUAAAGCAAUCGAGAUUUGUAACCCACGUUUCAGGGCAACAAGCGUUCCCAUGUCACACUUAUAAUAAAUUAUUUCCUGGGGA